ACGCUAUUACUUUCAGCUCAGCCCGAGCUGAGUUUGAGGUGUUCAGGGCGUCCUCAAGUGCCCCAGCGACCCCUUUCGACCUCGAGAUAUCUUCCCCAGAUACCAUCUCCCUUUCCCCGAUGCCAACUGGCUUCGUGCCGCAUCCGACCGUUCCUCGGGACCUCCGAGCUACCGAGACCUGGAUAAACCGACGCCAUUGUCACUUCCUCCAGCAUGGUAAUCAAGCCCGAGUCUCCUCCCGCACCGGCACGCAACUCUGGUCGCCACAAACCAUCGGAAGCCCCGCCCACGCGGGCAAUCGAGAAGCGCCACUCCACGCAGUUAAAUGCUGCAUUUACCGAACUACGGAAUAGUAUCCCUAGUAUGAGAGUUGUAAUGGCAAAGGAAGGAGAGGAGAAUGCAACGAAGGAUCCGCAAGAAGGAACGCCUAAAACAAGGGUGGAUAAGGAGGCCAUUAUGUGUACGGCGACGGAGUAUAUUGCGACCCUCGAGGAGAGAAAUAGAUCUCUUCUAGAAGAGAGCAUAGUACUGCAAUCAACAAUCGCUGCGUUUGAGAUGUUAUUUCGUCCUUAAUUGACCUAGACCUCGCUAUCAAAGAGCAACGAGAAGGCGCUUCGGGAGCAAAGGGUAAGACCGGCACGAGAGCGUUUAUGGCAAUCGGGGCGCUUCUG